UCCGAGCGCCUCAGGCACAUACCAUUCCUGCCAGAAGUCGACGUGUGCAGGGCCCAGCCACAUAAGAUAUCCGGCGAUCGAUUUGAAGAUGGGCACUGACUUGCAAUUGCAAUAGGCAAUUCAACGAAUCUCAAUCGCGGCCUCACCUCAGCUAGUCUCCUCCGGCUUCGUUGACUGGAACACCAGCAGACGUCGUCUCGGAUCCGUGUGCGAGCCAGCGGCAGCUCCGGCAGAUCAAGCGGUGUUAGAGGGCUCAGUCAGUUCCUAAACGUGGGGUUAAAUGUAUGAUUUUGAUGAUGUCGGAGCCGCCGAGUGCGACCAAGAUGUGUUGAACUCCUUUCGCACAGACAUCAAUCAGAAGUUGUGGCGUGUGGACGCGCUGCUUCUUGCCAGUGCCAUCAUGGCGGGAUUCAUAGUUGGGAUAGGUGCCUAUGGCCAGCACUACCGUCACCACCCUAUCACCCGUUUUAUCUUCCUCGGUGCCACCACUUUGUUCUUGCCUAUCAUUUCCACAGUUGUCUCCAGCAGCACUGUAUUGGUCUCUACCUUGAUCCCUCAUGGGAUCAACGACUUGAAUACGUCCAGCCCUGCUUUGGUCGCAUUGUGCAAUCCAGCCAAACACUCAGUCAUUGUAGUAACCUGGGCAUUACUUGUUCAGAACAUCAUGAUCAAUACCAGCGUAGUAGUUGCUGUUGAUGACAGAGAAGGUCCAAGCAUAGGGCCUCCUAUUGAGCUGCUUGCUCAGGGGGUCUGGACCCUUUACCUUGGCAUCAGCCACCUCACAGAGGUUACUGAGAACUACCAAACCUACGUCCUCAUUGUUCUUUAUCAACUUGAACUCUUACUCUUUCUCGUCACGAUUGCCAAACUGGUAUUCAAAUAUUAUGCGGUUAAAAACGCACAACAAUCCUUUGCUUUUGGGCGCAAUCCUCGUCUUGUUUUUGGGUACAUGCAUCAACAGCUACCUCUAAUGGCAAGCGAGCAUGAGCCUCCCCGUCUAUUGGUUAUGGGAGAGGAGACAAUACAGGUGGAGAAGCAACCUCAGGGGUAUGUGUUCAAGGAUGACUCAUCAGGGGAGACACUGCUAAAAGCCACAGGCUUGGUGACUAUUGACAGAGUCUGGCAGUUUGAUAGCACGAGCAUGCUUCUUCCAGCACCAGCACCACAAAGGUUAAAAGACUUGUGCUUGUCUUUUGCAUUGUUCAAGUUGCUGAGAUGUCGAUUUGCAGGAUACGAGCUAGCUUACUCGGGCUUUGAUAAUGCAAUCAGUUUUUUCUGGAGCUUGUUGCUCAAGGAUUGUGAGCCUGACAGGGUAUUUGGUGUGAUAGCUGAUGAGCUUUCUUUCCUUCACGAUUGUUACUACUCAUCCCUCCCGAUCUCUUAUUCAAUGUGUUGGCUGCCCAUCAUGGGCAUCAUUAUCUCACUCUCGAGCAUAGGUUACUGCAUCUUUCUUGCAGUGUGGAUGAUAAUCAUCAAUAGGAAUUGUUACAAUUAUCAGAUGGUGUGUACUAUCCGAUGUGAGAAUGCAACACAACUACAUUUGGGAAUCCUUGAGUUGGAUUUGAUACCCCUGGUAUCGCUUUUGGUGUUUGUCGUGAUAGCUGAGGUGAGGGACAUAGUUUCCCACAUUUACUCCAACUGGACCAAAGUAGUCCUCACUUGCCGCCUUCUGAACGAUGAGCUUUCCCCUUCCAUGCGCAAAUGGGCUCUCCAUAUUUUGGGUCGACACAGGUGUAAGCUGACGAAGCAUUGGGACGAGGAAAUGGGUCAAUGCUCAGUGCUGCCUCUUGGUCCAAGUAGAACCCCGCUUGCACUUGUCAGGCGUCUCUUCGGUCUGCCAUGCCAGAAGAGGAAGGUCGACUCAGCUAUGAAGGUUUCUAUAUUUAAUGCACUAAUAUUCAGCAGAGAUAAUGCUGGACAACUGAGGAAUGGCAAAGCUUCUCUCUGCCGCUGGGGUCAAGAAGGCAAAAUGUUACUCUGGGCCUGCAACAGCAAGAACGUGUCUGAUAUUAUACUUACAUGGCAAAUCGCCACAAGCAUCCUCGAGGUGAGGUACAAAGCUUCUUCAUUUGUUACUUCAUGUUCUUAUAGGACUACUGCCGCUUGUCUGUCACGCUACUGCACGUACCUCGUGACCUGGUGUCCGGAGUUGCUCCCUGACGAAGAAGCUUGGAGCAAGAGCCUGUAUGAGGCAGUUCACAAGGAUGCCCGCCAGGCGUUGGCUGAUUCUUCAUCGACACUGGACUAUCAGCAGCUGGUCCAACUAUUGAGUGCCAAGUCCAAGCAUGAGGUGCUCAGGAACGGAGUGGAGCUUGGAAAGCAGCUUGUGGAGACGAUCGACGGUGAGGAGCGGGCGUGGAAGUUGCUGGCCGGCUUUUGGUCGGAGAUGAUCCUGUACGUCGCGCCGUCAGACAAUCUGAAGGGGCACAAGGAGUCCAUUGCCCGUGGCGGCGAACUCAUUACGCUUCUCUGGGCGUUGCUCAACCAUGCCGGAAUCGUCAACCGGCCAACCAGUACUGUAGAUACCACCUGCAGGGCGACUGCUUCUGGUAGUCCCGGUGACGCUAGCGGCGGUGCUGGUACGUCGGCCGCAGGUGUGGUUUAAUACAAAUAUAUAAUCCCUCGUUUCUUUCAAUUAUCUUGGUGUUUUGUGUUGUGUGUGCUUCUAUAUUUCUUUGUGCGAGUAUGAUCCAUUGUAUUUGUAUGCUGUGGCUAUAUAUGUUGGUGCCACUGUAAUCUGCUGAUGAUUAGUCUGAAUGUUCCUUCUGUAGCUAGCUUGUUUGGUAUCUUGUCCAUUAUGGUACUCAAGAUCGGAGAACUGCAUGUGUUAUGACUUGUGACUUUUGCUUCUA